UCGAUUACUAAUCAAUUAACUGUUGCAGCUCUAAUACAGACCAGUUGGAGUGAAGAGGACAAAGAACAAAACAAACAAAAAGAGAAUGAUAAUAUAUGAAAGAUGAAAUUAUAAUACAUUUACAUUUUCACAUUAGGGGGAACUUCUUUAUUUAAAAGUUAUGUUGUUAGAUUCUGAGGGACAUUACUUGUACAAUAAAUGAACUGCACCAACUGUAAUAUUCAUAAUAUUAUUAUAUAAUCAUAUAGACAUUGCGAAUUAAACAUAAAAAAAGAAAAAAUAGAAAUACAUUUUGAUAUAAGGGGGAACCUUUUUAUUUAAAAAAGUUAUGUUGUCAAACUUGGAAAAUAGAUGUCACUGUACUAACUGUAAAUAUUCAUUGAAUUUCACUGAAUAAUAAACAUCGUAUUAAAUCUGAGUCAACUCAGUGUUAGACUUUAAAAUUAUGACUGAAAUUAAUAAAUUAAGUUAAUAACAGCAUCCCAAACUCAACGUGAACCUCAACUGAAAGCUAACUCCUAUGGUUGUUAGCUAGCAUGCUAGCAUACGUCUCCCAAUCUGCGGCCACAAAUCAAAACACAAUGUCGAUUGUGACGUCAUCAUAAUAUACAAUAUGUUGUUUUGAAGAAGCUCAUUUCAGCGGAUUGAUCGAGAUGCUCGUCGUGUAAGGCGACGCGGUGUGAGAGGAAACAUGUUGUUGGCAAACGUCACCUGGUGCUGCUCGUCGAGUUAGCAUCGUACGUAGGAACCGCAGCGUCCAUUACGGGUCCGUGACUCUGUCUGUGGUAAGAAUACAUGCAUCACCGGGCCAGGUGGAGCCCGACAGCGCCCCCUUGUGGCCAGGCGAAAAACUAAAACAACAUGUCGACGCGUGUUAUCGGUCAUGAGAACAGAAAAAGGUCAAACGCAGAUUUUAAAAACUCCUUGAGUCCUGAGAGUUCGGUGUUGGUUUGGUGAUUGCUGCCAUCUAGCGGUUCAAAGUGAAACGUGCACCGACAUCGCUCCAGGUGCGUGUUUCCUGCUCGUCCCACUAUUUUGGUUCGUUUGCUCUUUGAGCUCGGCCACAGAGACUCGCUCCUCUGACGGAGUUCACCCAUCAUGGCUUCGAUACGGGAACGAGCUGCGGCCUUGAACCUCGCGGAGAAACUGUGUGUGAGACCUCAAGGAGGUCGUGGUGUGGCGGCCGGUAAACCUGCCGCAGGCCCCCAGUCGUCCUCCCUGUGGAGCGGCCUCAUCUCGCACCUCCGCGCCUCCGUGACGGUGAAGCGUCGACGGGUGCACCUCAGGGCCCACGGCGACUGCUUCCUGGGCUCGGAGGCCGCGGACGUGGUCACGGAGCAUGUCAACCACGCCAAGGACUUGGAGGGUGCCAGCGUGUCCCGGGACAAAGUGGUGAGCGUGUGCCAGGCCCUGCUGGAGUGUAACGUGUUCGAGGCAGUGGGAACCAAAGGGUUUGGGAAGGACAAGAAGCAGGAUGUGUUCCAGGACAGCAAGAGCUCCCUUUACAGGUUUGUCAAUGUGCACAUGCCUUCGGUCGACGAGCUGGAGAGAGGUGUGCUGGGCAACGGGAUCCAAACGCUCUUCUGCAGUGCUCCCUCAGACAGACAGGACGAGCAGACGCGUCCCACUGGGUCGACCCCCGUCGAACUCCCUGCGAUGUCCACGACGGCGAGCCGGCCCGACGCUCGAGUCACUGCCGGCCUGUCGGUGGAGGCCGUGGAGCGUCAGAGUCGCAGUCCCAGCAAAGUGCAGACGGACUCCGUGUUACCGCCGUCAUUGGUAGAGGAGGUGUGGCACGAGCAGACUCUGCUCAGGCUGCUGAACCUGGUGGAGCUCCCCCUCCUGGAGGGGCUGCUGCAGUGCAGCCAGACCCCGUCGUCGCCCCGCCCGUCUCACCCGCUGUCCCACAACAACCCGGACCUGAUCCACAGCAGCAACCACCUGGACAGGCAGAUCCUCAAGGCCUUCAGGGACACUCAGGAGGACGAGUGGCUCUGUGCGGCUCUCGACUGCCUGGACUUCCUCUCUGACCAGCCGGUGGUGGAGCUGAGCCGGGAGCUGCCUCACUGUUUCCCUCAGGAUCAGGAGGAAGGCUGCGACCGAGUCCCCGCCGCCGGCAGCCAAGAUGGAGGCAAACGCUCGGACCAACGCGACGACAGCGAUGAGCCUCGACGCUCCCAGAGCGGUCUGGCCCAGUGGAAGCUGCUGCUGUACCGGACCCUGGUGAAACACUACGGCCACGCUGACCGACCUCCGCUGCUGCCGCAGCACAUGACCGACGUCUAUGCGGCCGUCACCGACCUGCUGGUGAACGCUAAGUUAGACAAGGCUCUGGAGGCUCUGCAGCUGUGCUUGAAGCUGCUGCCGCCCGGCUGCAGAGACGAGCUGCGCAGGCUGCUCACGUUCAUGACGCUGGCUGCCGAUCACCAAGCGAUGAAACUGGAUAAAGAGAUGGAAAACAGAUUGGCAGUGCAGACGUCUUUCUCCAGAGCCAUCGUCCACAGCAAGGCUCUGUCCAAGGAGAGCGAGGACCUGCUGGUGGUCUUCAUGCUCAGCAACAUGAAGGAGAUCUUCAAGAUUCCAGGGGCUCUGCACAAAGGAGUGAGUGAGAAGCUGGCCAGCCUUGUUCAGGGGAAGCAGCCCGACGUGACUGGCUCCACGUUAUGUCCGCAGGUUUCCGGCCGGACUUACACCGACUCCACGAGGGAAACCACCAAGCAGGAGCUGUGGGCUCUGCUGAACAGCGUCCACACGGACACAAAGAUCUCCGCCAGGGAGAGGAAGCGCAUGCUGGGACAGUUCUACCGGGCCCACCCAGAGAUAUUCACCCAGUACUUCGGCGACGCCGCUCUCAGUGUGCUGUAGAAAUUGUGUGAAACUAGUCAUACGGGGCCCAUAGACUGUGUCUCUGAUGUCUUCUGUAUUCAAGCUAACUGACUGCAAAUAAAUAUUUGUGCAUUAAAUCUUAGAUACAUGUAAAGAUGUCUUCAGCACUUGUACGUGUCUACUUGCUUCAUUAUUAAACACUUAUAAAUAAACAGUUUAAAUAUUCUUGGCUGUGUUUCUCUGCAACAUUAACAUUAAGCUAAAAAAAAAUCAUAUAUCACUAAAGAUCAGGUGUUUUGGCCUCAUGGUUAGCACGUUGGUCUCCCGUGUCCCGUGUUGUGUAAAGCUAAACAACAUAAAUGUGC